UGGAGGCGUUGGCUCCGCGCAGUGUGACACACGGACACAGUGGAAGAGCGGAGCAGAAGACGUCCCCUCCGCCCACAGCCUCGCUGACACACCCGGGGCUGAGACCCGCCUGGAGACCUUCAAACUCACUCUACCUCUGGUUCUUCUCAUCCACACUCAGCUCUUUGUCCGAAGCCCCGGAGAAAUGAUCAAGAACGGCAGCCACCACCACGGAGCUGCAGCCGACGAGCGGCGGGACGGAGCCGGCUGCGGUGAGCCCGCUGGCCCGGUGAGCAGCCCGGAGAAGAGGAAGCGGGUCGUCCGUCUGUGGUGCGACGGCUGUUAUGACAUGGUUCACUAUGGUCACUCCAACCAGCUACGCCAGGCCAAAGCCAUGGGAGACUACCUCAUAGCUGGAGUACAUACAGAUGCGGAGAUCUCCAAGCACAAGGGUCCUCCGGUCUUCACUCAGGAAGAGCGCUACAAGAUGGUGCGAGCCAUCAAGUGGGUGGAUGAGAUCGUGGAAGGAGCACCUUACGUCACCACCCUGGAGACUCUGGACAAGUACAACUGUGACUUCUGCGUGCAUGGAGAUGACAUCACGCUGACGGUAGACGGCAAGGACACAUAUGAUGAGGUGAAGCGUGAAGGCCGUUACCGGGAGUGUAAACGCACACAGGGUGUCUCCACCACUGACCUGGUGGGAAGAAUGCUCCUCAUGACCAAAGCCCAUCACAGCAACAUGGAUAACCCAGAUUACCAGCAGCAUACAGACAACUUUGGAAAGGGUCCAAAAGGCCACAGUCCAUGGACUGGAGUGUCCCAGUUCCUCCAGACGUCCCAGAAGAUCAUCCAGUUUGCCUCAGGAAAAGAGCCGCAGCCAGAUGACACCAUCAUCUAUGUGGCUGGAGCAUUUGACCUCUUCCACAUUGGCCAUGUUGACUUCCUAGAGAUGGUGUAUAAGCAGGCAGAGAGGCCAUAUGUCAUCGUAGGUCUGCACUUUGACCAGGAAGUGAAUCGGUACAAGGGGAAGAACUAUCCAAUCAUGAACAUCCACGAGAGAACACUGAGUGUCUUGGCCUGUCGGUAUGUGUCAGAGGUUGUGAUUGGUGCACCCUACGCAGUGGGCAAAGACCUUCUGGAUCACUUUAAGGUGGAUCUGGUGUGUCAUGGCAAGACAGAGGUGUUUCCUGACAAGGAUGGUUCAGACCCGUACGCUGAGCCCAGGAAGAGGGGGGUAUUCAGGACCAUCGAUAGUAGCAAUAAUCUCACCACCGAUGACAUCGUCAAGAGAAUCAUUGAAAACAGGCUGCUGUUUGAGGCCAGGAACCAGAAGAAGGAGGCCAAGGAGAUGGCGGUGAUCGAGGCGAUGAAGAAGAGAGAACAGGAGCAAAGCGAUGCUGCUGCCCAGAAUGCUCACUAACGUAACCUCAGACUUGGACCCAACUGGCUCUUUGUCUGAUUUAAGCUUUAAGACGUCGUACUUAAAUCACCCAGACAGAUGGUCCAUGUUGUUUUAAACAAGGCCUUGCUGCCGGUGAAACAACCACUGGGGACCAGUCGGUCUCUAGCGGUCCACUGGACACAGAAUCCUGCUUUUUAACAUUUGGUGAGGCAGUGUCUCCCUCACACUUUAAGCUUCUUCCAGUUCUCUCUCUACACUAGUCCAGCCUGUACAGGAUUAGAUUAGAUCUGCCUUGACAAGAAUACAAAGAAUCCAAACAUUUCA